AUGGCUCUGGCGCUUCCUGUGCGAUGCUGCUCGGUCACGGACACCGAGACUGGCACAUCCCAGCUCCGUGCUGCUCUGGGCGCUCCUGGACGCUUCUCAAACAUGAGCUCUCCUCGCCAGCUGAAGGGGAGGAGGUGGGAUGAGGUGCCCGGGCGCGGAGCACUCGGGUGUGUGCGGCUGCUCUGUGAUUUCUGCUUCUGCUGCUGUGUAAAAACCUCCGCUGGAGGAGGCGGAUCCCCCACUCGUGUAGCACGGACUGCUUUGCCAACACUUCUCUCUGUUUCUGUUGUAGCUCUUGAGCAGCUGCUCACAGAACUUGAAGAUUUUCUGAGGAUACUGGACAAAGAGAACUUGAGCAGCACUGCUGUGGUGAAGAAGAGCUUCCUUUCUGACCUUCUGAAAGUCUACACCAAGUCCAGUGGUGGUGAUGAGGAGUAUAUUUAUAUGAACAAAGUGACAGUCCAUAAACAGCAGGGUGACCAAGAGAAACAAGACCAAGUGCUGGAUCAGAAGGACUCCCUGACCAAUGGAGACUCAGGACUGCAUUUGUCACCUCCUCAGAAGAGCCUGCCAGACCUCCCCCCUCCAAAGAUUCUCGAAACAAAACAACCUCCAGUCCCCAAGAUUGAAUCCCCAGAAGGAUAUUACGAAGAGGCUGAGCCCUAUGACAUCUCUGUAAAUGAAGAUGGUGAAGCUGUUAGUAGUUCCUACGAGUCCUACGAUGAGGAAGAGAGCAGCAAAGGCAAGUCAGCAACCCAUCAGUGGCCAUCCCCAGAGGCCACCAUUGAGCUGAUGAAGGACGCCCGCAUCUGUGCCUUCCUGUGGAGAAAGAAGUGGCUGGGACAGUGGGCAAAACAGCUGUGUGUUAUCAAGGACACCAGGUUGCUGUGCUACAAGAGCUCCAAAGACCACAACCCCCAGCUCGACGUGAAUUUGCUGGGCUGCACUGUCAUUCACAAGGAGAAGCAAGUGAGGAAGAAAGAGCACAAGCUGAAGAUCAUCCCCACGAACGCUGAUGUCAUUGUGCUGGGGCUGCAGAGCAAGGACCAGGCAGAGCAGUGGCUCAGGGUAAUCCAGGAGACCAGUGGUCUCCUCUGUGAAGGGGGCAGUGAAGGCAACCAGUACAUCCCAGACUCGCAGCGUCUCAGUUACCCAAAGGUGGAGGUGUCCGAGAGAUACUCUGCAGCCUCCGAGAGCGGGAGCAGCACCGACGGCCACACGGACACAGCUGAGACCAAAGAUGUUAAGAAGAAGGGCACAACUGGCCUGAAACUGAGCAACCUGAUGAACCUCGGGAGGAAGAAGUCCAGCUCCAUGGAUAGUCCAGAGAGAUCCCUGGAGACUUCAAGUUACCUGAAUGUGCUGGUGAACAGCCAGUGGAAGUCACGGUGGUGUCAGAUAAAAGACGGGCACCUCCAUUUCUACCAGGACAAGAACAGAAGCAAACUGGCUCAGCAGCCCCUGAGUCUGGCAGGCUGUGAAAUCAUCCCAGAGCCGAGCCCUGACCAUCUCUACUCCUUCCGCAUCCUGCACAACGGCGAGGAGCGGCUUGUUUUGGAGGCAAAGUCCUCAGAGGAGAUGGGUCACUGGCUGGGCCUCCUCCUGUCAGAGUCAGGCUCGAAAACAGACCCAGAGGAAUUCACCUACGACUACGUGGAUGCUGACAGAGUCUCCUGCAUCGUGAGCGCUGCGAAGAAUUCCUUCUUCCUAAUGCAGAGGAAAUACUCUGAGCCCAACGCCUACAUCGACAACCUGCCCAAGGGCAGGCUGCAGCAGGACGAGCUCUACGACGACGUGGAUCUGCCAGACCUGCCAGUGGAAGAAGCACCCAAGAAUGAGAGCAAAUUGGAGGGAGACCAAGACAGAGUGUACCUGGAUCUUACCCCAGUGAAGUCCUUACUACACUGUGCUGGCAAGAUGUCCUGCCAGUCUUCACCCCUCAGCUCACCAUCUCUAGAAAGAGCUGCCAAGGCUGCCCCAGAGAGCACAGCUGAGACAGCCCCUGUGGCUAAGGAAGCUGAGCCCUGUACUAAGGCAGCAGAGACCUCGGAGCAGAAACAGCCAGAGAAGCCAGAGCCCGAGGAGGCUGUGCCACGGGUGCCUGCUGUCAAAAUCCAGAGCCAGCAGCAGAGCACUGCCUUCCCCCAAGUGGCCCCCGAGGUGCCAGGGGGCACAGUUCCAGUGGGCACAGUUCCCGUGGGCAGUCCCCAGCCUGCACACCGGCCCAAGAUGCCCCUGCCAGCAGCAGCAGUGGAAACCAAGCUGGGCAAGAACAGGACAGAGGCAGAGGUGAAACGGUUCACAGAGGAGAAGGAACGGCUGGAGAAGGAGAAGGAGGAGAUCCGAGCUCAGCUCACCCAGCUGCGCAAGGAGAGGCGGGAGCUGAAGGAAAUGCUGGGCGGCAGCACAGACAAGAGCCUGGAGCAGAGGCUGAAGGAGAUAGAUGAAGAAUGCAAAAGGAAGGAAAGCCAGAGGGUGGACCUGGAGCUGAGCCUGGUGGAGGUGAAAGAGAACCUGAAGAAGGCAGAGUCUGGCCCGGUGACUCUGGGCACGGCAGUGGACACCACACACCUGGAGAACACAGCCCCUCGGGUUCAGGCAAAAAGUGCCAGUGCAGCAAACAGCGCCGAGAACUCACCGGUCAAUUCAGCAACGGCUUUAAAAAACCGGCCUUUAUCUGUUAUGGUCACGGGGAAGGGAACAGUCCUACAGAAAGCUAAGGAAUGGGAGAAGAAGGGAGCUAGUUAGAAGCACGCUGUUCAGAGAUGGACUAAAGACUCGAAUUGCCCACGCAUGGCCCAGGGGAUUCAACCAUCUGCCGGUGGAGGUUGGGUGUUCAGCACCACCCCACACCAAGUGCCUCCUCCACAGCACACCCACAGCUCUGACACAGCACUGGAGUCAACAGCUGCUGAUAGCAGUCAUCCCAAAUGAACUUGUUCUUUCCAGGCAAAUCCCAAUCAUGUAGCUAAAACAAUAACAACCAAUGGCAAUCCUUCCAUCAAAGUCCUAACCCAGCUGAUGUAAACAAGAAUGUUACUGUAAAUAGGGGUGUUUUGUGUAUUUCUACUCUGAAGGUUUAUCAAUGAGUUAUUAAGGUUUCUAUAUUAGUGGCUGUAGUGGAUUCAGAAGGGACCUCUACUAUUCCUCAGCCUGGUGAGUUUGUACCUGUCCUGAUAAAUUGGGGUCAACUAAAGUCUUUCCUGUCUUGCUGCCAGUCAUCACUCAGCUGCAUUUCAUCCAGCCUUCAGUCAAGGGCUAUCCCCACAUGUGAGCAAUGCUUCAAACAUGCAUGAGAAGCAGCCUGUCCCAUGGUAUUUUUAAGCAGUGCCCUGGUGCCUUCCAGCAUCUCCUACCGGCUGCAGCUUUGCUAGAAUAUUGAGCUGCUCACCUGUGUUACAGACUGGAAGCACCAUGAGCUUUGGGCAAAGAUCUGCCAAGCAGAUUUAGUUAAGUUUCUUGAAGUUCUUACUUUUCCUGAGGGGUUUGUUCUGAAAAAAAAAAGGAAAAAAAAAGGAAAAAAACCAGUUGUAUUUGAGGGCUUGCUCAUCUGUUUAUAGAAAGGCUGGAUCCUGGUGUAUCCUUCAGGGCUUGUUGCCCUUUUGAAGAGAGGGGAGGUAAAGCAGCCUCCAUGCUCCUGCUCCAGCUGUGAUGGUAUCUGAUCCUCACAGAGCUGCAGCUGAAGCCAUCCCCAAUGUCCCUGUGUCCUCCACACUGGAGGGCUGAGCAGCCUGCCCUGCAGUAAGGUGCCCUGCCAGGGUUCUGCUGAGCUGCUGGCCAUCUUGGUGCUGUCACCCUUAUUUCCUGAUCAUUAAUCCUGCCUUUGGGCCCUGGCAGUAUGGCCCACAAAGCCCACCCCUCUCUCUCCCCCCAUGCUUUCUAAUGAAAGAUGUUGGAUGUUCUGAACUGCUAAACUUUGAGAAAUUCAAUUUUGAAGGAUGGUAGUGGGUUGGCAGAAAUCUAUGCAGCCCUCCCUUCCCUGCAACAUGCUGACAUGUCUGAUGGCCUGGAGACACCUUUUCCUGACUCCUCUGGUGGCCCUUCAGAGCCCAGGCAUAGUAACUGGGUUGACUGGAUGGGGUGGAUGUGUUUUCCAACCCUACAAAGUUAAAGCAGCACCAAGUCCCGGGAUGAGUUGUCCUGGAGUCCUGUGACUACACCAAAGCCAAGGUAAAGGCAGACAGGAAAAAUGUUGUACCUUCCUCACCCUUGAAAAUAUUUGACAGGCCUGAAACCACCUCUAAAGGACUGUUCUUUCUUCACACAAAGACCAAACAGCCAGUGGGAUGCCCAGGGCUGUGACAUCCAGAGCUGCUGGUGUCAUUGGGGUGAGUGAGAAUGUCUGACAAGAGUUCUGGGAUUGCUUGCUCCCACCACAGAGCCAGGGUGCAACAGAACACUUGGUCAGGGGAUCCUGGAAGCAAGAAAGGGGGCUGUGCUCCUGUGUUUUUUCACUCUUUAUUUCCACUGUGGUGCAGAUGGAGGAAUUGGUCAUUCAGAUGGAGGAAUUGGUCAUUCAGCCCUCAGGAGCCUCAGCUGUCAGGUUGUCCCUGUGCAAGGUUUUGCACAUAGGAAAAAAUCAUGCAAAUAAACUGCUGGCUCUUCUGGUUCAGGACCCUGGGGACUUCCUUCUCCAGAGCACAGAAGGCCACAGAUUCCACGAAACUUUUGUUUUGGCCUGUGAUGAGCUGGCAAGAGCCCCUCUC